CAGAGAAAAUGGCGCGAAAAAUUAAAAGGGUUUGUAGCACAAAACUGAAAUAGAGACAUGUAAACAUCCGCCGCUAUAUACUUUCUGUAUAAACUUUAUCAUCAUAGCAUACAUGUAUAUCAACUAAUAAACAUGUAACUACCACGUGCUUGUUUAAAAUCUAUACAAAUAAAAUUUUUGUAAAUAAAAGAUAUUAAAUAUUAAAUAAAAUGAUUUCUGUGGCGUUGAAAUAUAAUGUUUUGGCUAUGUGUUGUAUUGAUGACUAUCUAUUAGUAGGAAUUGGAAAUCAUUUAUGCAUAUACAAGAUUUCAACAUCUCAUUGUGAAUCAGUAAUAAAUACAUUCCACCAUGAUUCUAUUCAUGGAAUUAUAAAAUCCUUUGAUAAAUUGAUUGUAUUUGGAGGAAGAUGUCUUAGCAUUUUUCAAGUUGAAAUAGCAACUACUACAUUUGGAGUAAAAAAUUCUUCAAAACAUAUGUUUAAUGAUUGGAUUAUUUCCGCCAAAUUCAUUCCUCACAGCAAUUAUGAAAAGCUUUAUGUUUUAUUUGCUCACAAUAAUUUAUAUUUAUACAACACAUUAACUAUGGAAUAUACCAAUAUUUGGUGUGAGGAAAAAUGCUUAUUAUAUUGUGGUAACAUUUCAACAGAUCAACCAAAUCAAGCUGUAAUAUUUAGUGGAACAGUUUUUCAAGAAAUUUUAAUAUGGAUCAUUGUGCAAGAUAAUUUAUCACUUCAAUCGGAUCAACCUGUUUUAUGGCGUUUGAAAGGACAUGAUGGUGUGAUAUUUUCUAUAUUUUAUGAUUCUUGUAAAAAUUUGAUAACUUCAACUUCCGAUGAUAGAACUGUCAGAUUAUGGGAAAUUAAAAGUUGCACUGACGAAUCAUUGGUAUAUAAUAAUUGGAAAGACAUUAAAAUAAAUUUAAAGCAUACAAUGUAUGGACAUACUGCUAGAGUAUGGAAAUCAAUCAUUGUGAAUAAUACUAUCAUCAGUAUUGGAGAGGACUCUCAAGUUUGUAUUUGGUCAAUGGAUGGGAAUUUAUGUGAUAAAAUAUUAGCUCAUAAUGGAGCAACAAUUUGGAGUAUUGAAGUGUCGAAUGAUAAUUGUUAUGUAUUUACUGGAGGAGCAGAUGAUGGAGUGUAUUCAUGGUCAUUACUUUCAAAUCAAAUGGAAAUGUCUUUAAUGUCUGCUUUAGAAUUGGAAGAAAAAAAAAUACCUAAAUAUGUACAAUACUUAAAAUCUGGCAAGAUUUUAAUUUUCGUUGAAAAUGGGGAAUUAUUUACCUACAACGCUGCUUUGAAAGAACUCAUCAAGAAUCAUAUUAACUUAUCUAAAUAUAAAAAUUAUUGUUUAAUGCAAAUCUGUCCCAAUCGAACAAAAAUAGUAUUUGCAUCUAAUGAUGGACAUUUAGAUAUUUUUGAAGAAGUAAAUGAUAAGCUGGACGUUCAUAUAACUUCAACAAAAAUUUUCGAAUCGAAAAUUUUUGCAGUUCAUUGGCUGAAUGAUAAUACCCUACUUGUUUGUGGUCAUGAAGGCCACCUAAAAAUGUUUCAGAUAACAAAUGACAGAGAAUUAUUAUUAAAAUCAGAGUUUAUGCUGCCGAUGAGUAAAGAACGUUGGACUACAACGGCAAUAAUGCUUAAAAAUUUACUCAUUUGUGGAGAUCGUAAUGGACAUAUUUAUGUUUUUAAAAUAAAUUCAGAAAAGGAUAAAAAAAAUCCAUUACAAUAUUUAACAAAAAUGCACUAUGUGUUAGGAAUUCAAUAUUUUCAUUUCAUCAACAAAAAAUUAAUAAGUGCGGGCCGUGAUGGUACAUUACGAUUCUAUAAAGUUAACUUUUCUGAUAACACACCUAAAAUAAUACAACCUUUGUAUUAUAAAAAAGUACCUAUGACCUGGGUGAGUAAAAUAGUACAAACUGAACAAGAUGUUUAUGUACUAGGAUUUAAAGAAAUUGAGUUUAUGAUUUACAGCAUUAAUUCACAACGUUUGAUUUUAAAAUUUAUCUGUGGUGGUGGCCAUAGAUCUUGGGACUGUACAUUUAUUGAUAAAUUUAUCCAGUUCACUUGCAUACGGAAUAAAAAAGUAUAUACAACUAACAACAUGAUGUGCACAUUUAGUAAAACAAUAAUACAAGGCCAUCAUACUAAAGAAAUUAAUUGUAUGCAAGUAUUACCUGGUAUAUCAAAUAAAAAUAUUUUGCUGUCUGCUAGUGAAGAUUGUACACUUCGCUUUACUGAAUUGUAUAAAAUAUUACCAGAAAAAUAUCAAUUAUCGUGUUUAGAUUUAAUUGAUGGUCACAUUUCAAGUGUAAAAUGCAUCAAUAUAAUAAAUCUAAAUAGUUCUAAUGAGAAAGCAGGAAGUUUAAUUUUCACAGGAGGUGGCAGAGCUCAGUUGAAAGUAUGGAAAGUAACAGUUGAUGUUGUUGAAGAUAAAUUCAUUAAGGAUAAUUUAGAAAUUACUGAACUGAUGUCUUAUAUGUUACAUGGAACGAAUAAAGAUCAGCGUAAAAUAAUGCUAAGUAAACAGCAAGAAUAUUUUAUAGAUCCUGAGACUCGUUUUAUGGAUAUUACUUCAUAUACAUAUGUAGAAAAAAAUAUUGUUAUAUUAUUUGUUGCUUGUUCAGAUGGAUUUAUAAGAAUAUUUUCUUAUGAUAUAUAUUUAAAUAAUUUUUAUUUGACAACAGAAAUUCCAUAUUACAAUCGUUGUAUUAUAAAAAUUCAUGUAUUUGAUUAUGGAAAUGAAGUUAUUCUUAUAAGUAUGGCAACUGAUGGAAUUGUAAAUCUUUGGUCAAUGAAACUUAUAAUUGAAAAUAUUUGUAAUAAAUCUGAUAAUGUAAAUAUAAAACCAUUCAAAUCGUGGAAUAUACAUCAGUCGGGAAUUAAUAGCUAUGACUUCAAACAAAACAGCGAAGUAUUUUUAUUACUAACUGGAGGUGAUGAUAACAAAAUUAAUUUAUCAUUAUUUACAAUAUUUGAAAGUACAAAUACUACUUUGAUGGCUGAUAUUUUAGCUGAAUGGAGCUCUUCAUUUAUUCAUUAUACUCAAAUAACAGGUAUCAAAUUUUACGGAAUUGAUAAAUUUGUAAGUGUUGCAAUUGAUCAACAAAUUGUGACGUAUUAUUAUUCAUAUUGUAAAUCAAUAUUAUCAGUGGAGCCUUUGCAAAAAGUUUUACUUACUUCUAUAACAGACCCACAUGGUUUAACUAUUGUAAAUAGUUUAAAUAAUGACACAAAUGAUGUACUUGUCUGUAUAUAUGGGCAAGGUAUUGAAAUAAUACGUCUUGAAAUGGAAGAUUAAAUUUUCCAUU